CGAGGCGGCGGCGGCGGCGGGACGAUGGAGGGCGCUUCCUUCGGAGCUGGGCGGGCGGGCGCGGCGGUGGAUCCCGCGGAAUUCGCCAAGCGGCCCCAGACCCUCCUCAGGGUUCUCGCCGGGGUGUUCUCUAUUGUGGUGUUUGGCUCCAUCAUCAAUGAAGGUUAUGUGAACACAGAUACGUCCCCGGUGCUGCACUGCAUUUUCAACAGCAAUGAAGGAGCCUGCAACUAUGGCAUCGCAAUAGGGCUGCUGGCUUUCCUGGCCUGCAGCUUCUUCCUGGUGAUGGACCUCUAUUUCCAGCAGAUCAGCAGUGUGAAGGACAGGAAGCGCAUUGUCCUCUUGGACCUUGGCUUUUCUGGCUUCUGGUCCUUCCUCUGGUUUGUGGCGUUCUGCUUUCUGGCCAACCAGUGGCAACGCACCCCUGCCAGCAAAGGGGCAUCACAAGGAGGGGAUGCUGCCCGAGCAGCCAUUGCUUUCUCCUUCUUCUCCAUCAUCUCCUGGGUUGCCCUGACCAUAAAAGCCCUCCAAAGAUACCGGAUGGGGACUGACAUGUCUCUCUUUGCCACGGAUCAGUUUGGCCCUGAUCCCAUGGCAGGAUAUCCGGGACACCCUCCCACCAGCGGUGGCAUCGAAAGCACAGAAACCUAUCAGAGCCCACCAUUCUCCGAGACCCUGAACACCAGCCCCAAAGGUUACCAGGUGCCAGCUUACUGAAGGGGCAGGUGACCCUCCCGCAAAUGGGGUUUCAGAGCAAACUGAAACCAGACCCAGAAAAAUGGGCUGACAUACCACAAGAUGCAAGUAUAGUCAACAGAUUGGUUGCAAGUGUAUUCAAAAGUACUUUCCUUUUCCUUUUUUAAAUUUUUUGACAUGUGGUGAGUUAUGUGCUGGGUUAAACUUACUCUUAGCUAAUGGUGCAGUGAAUUCUGUACAGUGGUUCUUGUCUUAUCUGUCCAAGGAUAUUUUUACUUUAAAAAGAGAGAGAAGGGCAACAGUGUUCCCUCUAAGCAGGAAACUCUAGAAAAGCUGUAACUCCCAUUUCCCUGACUGCAGUGGCAUUUAUUCAUGUGACACUUGGCUGCAAGUGCACAAAAACCCUGGCAAGACACAGGGGUGCUGGAGCGGUAUGGGUGCCCCGCCAAAACAAGAUGGCAGCCACCACUGCGUGAUCAAAGCCCUGUUCCUUGUUUGUAGAUGCCAUGAAUACCCAAGGGACCAGCCAGAUAGAGUGCCCAUCUUUCCUAGCCAGCUGGUACUUCAAGUACUUCCAAGGUAAUCACAAAACAAUAGUUCUCCCAGACACUCUUAGAAGUCUUCUCUUUCCCUCCUUUUCAAUUUUCUUUCCUCCUAGAAAGAACUUAGAACUGUUAAAAAGGAAUGUGCCAAAUUAAACUACCAGAAAGAAUAGCUGUGGUCAUCUUCUCUGAUGUAUAGUUGGGUGUAUAUAAGUGCUAUAUUUAGGACAAUAAAUAUGUACAUAUGCUGCACGCAUGUUUCUGGUAUUCCAGGACACUUUGUUGUUUAAUUUGAGCACCAAAAACUAAACCUUGUUCCAGACAGGAAACAAACCAAUAAAACUUCAACAGCACGAAAUGUAGCAUUUGGCCAACUUAGGUGCCAUCUCAAGAUUUGGUGGCCCCUAUGAUCUUCUUGUUGAGAAAUCAGAAAGGGGAGGGAAAGUUGGGAGGAUAUUCAAAGACAAAAGUAGAGUCUUGAUUCCAGACACUGGGUGGCCCCCAGUGGUUAAGAUUACUAACAUUUGGCAUGCUCUUUUUCAACAUGAAUGAGACAAAAAUGUUAUUCCUCCCACUCCUUUAAAAAGCCCCGUCUCAUUUGAGGCUACCUAUGAUUUCCUCUGAAACAAAGAUACAUGUUGGCAUAAGCUUUGAGAAAACUCCCUUUCCUUUGCAACUCAAGUAACCGUUUCAUAGGGACAAGUUUUGUAAGUUUCAAAGAAAAAGUAUUUAUAAUAUAAUUCCAAGUGCAAAAAACCAUGAAAGUGGGAUAAUGUAUAUUUUAGCUGCCUCAGAUAUCUUGGGAGUGGGAAAGGCAGAAAUCAAACAGAAAUAGUAAAUAAUCAAUACGCUAAAUUUUCACAGGGACUGUUAAAAUGGCCGUGGACAUAUUUCAGCCUUAAAGCACACCAGAUUUGAUUCUGCCAGGUGAUCAAGGCAGCCUUGGCAGUUCAAAAGCAGUGCAAGAUUGAAGAUGUUUUUAAAACAGGGUAGAAUUGAAGCAAUACAGUAUUUUCCUUAGAGAGAACACUGCGAUAUUAGCACCUCACAAAACUUGUGUUUCAGCAUUUUAGGAAGAAACCAUGCAGACUCAGAAGCAGAAUUAUCAAAUAUUUAAAUGUUUCUCUCGGUUGUACGUGUGAAAUAAAUGUCUGUUCAGUAGUGUACUUUUUUCCUAACUAUGAAGAAACCCUUUUCAGGCUACCCUUGUGCUAACUGUAAGGAAAAAAGAAAAAACGGGCGAUUAUGUUUUGUGGAGUGGUAGAAACGUCUCGGUCACUGUUCAUGUGCUAUAGAUUACUGUUCUGAAUGUAUGCACGUGCUGCCUACGCAUGUAUUCCCUUCCUUUCAGCCUCCAGAGCUUACGGGGAGAGGCGGGAACUGGUUCGGUGGCUUGGACAAAGCUGUGUCAAUGUGUUAUGCAGCAUUCACAACUCAAGGCUGACACUGAAAAUGGUGUGGACUAGAACACACGGUGUUUUGUGUGUGUGUGUGUGUGUGUGUGUGUAGCAGCGAAGCCAGCCUAAUCCCAAAUCAUGGCCUUGGCUCAAGCCAGAAGCUCCACUGCGCCCACCUCAGCCCGAUUCUGGCUCGGGGGGAUGGAGUUAGAUCAUCAAAAGAUGGUGGCUGGGCCAGCACUGUACUGGAAGCAGCUGCGGGUGGGCUGGAAAUGAGGGAGCUCCGGAUCCCCCUCCCCACGCCCAGCAAGGGCCAAGCGGCUGACGGCAUCCAGGCACAAUUCCUCAGCACAAACCUGCAGCAAAUGGGUCAGAGCAGCCAUGUUGCUUUCUGUAGCAAUUCUUUCCUUAACUGGGUGAAAAUGGCUGUUUUUAUCCUGAACAAUCCCCACCCCCAACAUAACCUGAAAUGUUAGGAUUGUCCCAGUUCUAAAACUCUUUUGUGGGGCUGUCACUUUCCCAAAGAAUGUGCUAAAAGGAGAGCUCCAGUGCACCCAAUUUGCUCUUGAGAAGCCAAAGGGUUUCACCCUCCCCAGGCAGGAGGAUUUACAGCCAGGUCCUGUGGCCCUCGGCCACUGCCAAAGGAGCGAGAGAGGCUGGCCCUUCCUUCUAAGCCUCCACUUUCCCUCAGCUCUCUCUCCACCUGCCUUUGUCCCAGAGAGCACUGCAGGGAUGGACGGCCAGGACGACACAAACCAUCAGGACUCCAGGAGGGAGACAGUUUCCAGGGAGUGACACAGGAGCCCCACGGCCAAAGCAGGUGGAACUGGAGCCCUUUGGGACUCCCGAGCAGCAGCCUCAGCCCACCCAGCAUCCCCUUUUAUGUCCCAGCAAAGGGCCAGUGGGCAUUUCAGGGAUGAUUCUGCCUUGUUAAUGCAGCAGCAGCAGCAGGUUAAUUCUCCCUUCAGAUCAAUCCCAGCUGCAAAAGCCUCCCUUUUGGCCUCCUCCUGCCCCAGCAAGAAACCCUCCAUCAUUUCAGGCAGUGCAGGCAACCCAUUUCCCUAGACUGGAUUUCUGCCUCAAGCAGGUUCCGGUUCUCCUUAACCCCGGCAACCAUUCUGUGGUCGGCCAAACCAUCCCCAUUGGCAGAGGUCUGGUUGGAGGGGAGAGAAAAGUCCGGAAUUGCUGCACUGCCAUUUUGGCUUCUCCUUGUUUCUUGUCAAGGUUAAUUCGGAGAUCAAAGAGGCUUCCAUUCAUCACCAACAGCAGGAAAAAAGUGGCCACUUGAAGUCAUCCAACAUGCACUGUAACAGAAAAGCCGACCGUGUGAUUUUUUUUAAUGUUUACAUUUUUAUGUAUAUAAGUAUAGCUAUACAUUUUGAACAACAGAUUAGUCUGUGAUUGUGCUAAUUUAAUGGUUGGUGUUGCGAUUACAACUUAUUUUCCAAUAAAGAGCUUAAAAGGAAGAGCCUGAAAUGUGUCAAAAUGUUCCUGGGGAAGGGAGGCCACCGGGUGAUCCAAAUGCCUGGCGCAGGGUUAUUGAGAGGCAUCCUCUCAGGCCAGCAGGGCUCCUUUUUAUGUCAUCCCUUCCAGGAUGCCGGGCAACUGAGCUGUCCUACCCAGACUGAGGCUGAUGGCUCUUCUUCUCAUGAAGAGCCCCAGUCAGACUGAGGUGGGGGGUGCUACUGUAAGGAGCAGCAGCUUCCUUGUCUUCCAUUCGUGCUCAAUGGGAAAACUCUGCAAUGGGAGCCAUUACUUUCAAGAGAGAGCCUAAAGGAGCAGGAGCUUGGGGCAAAAAACAGCACCACAGAAUCCUCAGGACCCCCACAUACAGUCUCACCGCAGGGCAUUCAGGAAGGGAGAAAAAGGGAUGUCCUGCCAGUAGAAACAGGCCUAAUGUGGGGGUGGAGUGGCAAAGGAGAUCCAUGAAUAUGUUACGGGUGAGAGGAGAGCUGAUUUGCAGUCCCAGGCCUUGGCUGAAGUUGAAAGGAGCCCUGCGUUCUAUUAUAGUUGCAGGGAAAAUGUGGAAAUGACUGGAAAAUGUUGGCUGAAAAACGCAACUUUUAAGACUCAGAAACAGUAAAUUGAACUUCAUCUGAAGACAAAAUAAGAUUGUCUGAGAUUGAGGCUACAGGUCUUCUUACAAGCGUUGCCAACAUAAAAGAACGUUCGCUUCAGUUUUGGAACUCAACGACCAACUUGCUACAGCAAAGUGCUCUGCAAAUAGUGAUUUUAAAAAACACGAAUCUACCAUUUUUGCUCUUUAAAAUUAACACCAAAUCCUCAGGAACUAAAGGCAGCCCACAAAAAUGAAUGUCGCAGAUCUGUAGAUUGUACUUUUUGCUUCGCAAGACAUCAAAUGUUUUCUGUCGUCUCCCUCCCUCUUUAAAUAGAAGCAGUGGGAAGUAGCACAAUCCAAUUAUAUGCCACAUAUAUGUACACAAAAUGAAAAUUCAAGGGGCCUGUGCUGGGUCUUGAAUACUCACAUGUGGUUCUGUGUGUGUGUGUGUGUGUGUGUGUGAGAGAG